AUGGCCCAAAAGUCGGAUAUAUCGGUGGAGACGUCGAGCGCCGCGACAGGUGCAAAACCAAACCCGCCAUCGCCAAAAUCCCGGCUUGCAAUGUUGAAGAGAACCAAAAAAGCAUCAAAUGCAUCGUCUGAUCCGUUCCGCUUCCAGAACAAUGGAAUUUCCUAUAAGGGAAAGCUGAUCGGAGAACAAGACGUUGACAAGGCUCGAGGCGACGCGAUGUGCGCGGAAGCCAUGCGAACUGCCAAGAGCAUCAUCAAGGCUGCCGGCGCGCACAAGACCCGCAUCAGCCUUCAAAUCAACAUUGACGGAAUCAAGGUGCUCGAUGAGAAGAGCGGCGCCGUGCUCCACAACUUCCCUGUCUCCAGAAUCUCGUUCAUUGCUCGUGAUUCUUCGGACGCUCGCGCAUUCGGACUCGUCUACGGAGAGCCAGGAGGCAAGUACAAGUUCUACGGAAUUAAGACUGCGCAGGCUGCCGAUCAAGCAGUGUUGGCGAUUCGAGACAUGUUCCAAGUGGUGUUCGAGAUGAAAAAGAAGCAAAUCGAGCAGGUCAAGCAGCAACAGAUUCAGGAUGGAGGUGCUGAAAUUAGCGCUAAGAAAGAAGGCGGAGUCGCUGUCGCUGAUCUUCUCGACUUGGAAUCCGAACUUCAUCAAAUCGAGCAAGGUGUUCAGCAACUGUCGACAGUGCCAACGAACUGUGAUGCCUUUGGAGCUUCUCCAUUCGGUGAUCCAUUCGCUGACAGCUUCAACACCACUGCCACAUCCAACGGAACGAAUAUGAAUAUCUCUGGAAACGUGUCGAAUCUCUCUGGAACUCAAUUCGGAGGAAUUCAAAUGCCACACAUUGCUCAACCUGCUGCUCAUCAAAAUUGGCCAACUUCUGGAACGUCUUCCUUUGAUGCCUGGGGACAACAGCCAGCGAUGCACCACGCUCACAGCACGCCGGCGUUCGGAUCCAACGGAUUCUCCGAGACGAAUCCAUUCGCUUCUGCUUUCGGCGCUCCAGCUACUGCUCCACCUCCACUCCCAUCCGCCGCUCCUUCUUCCCAACAAUACCGUGAUCCAUUUGCCGUGAGUGCUGCUCUGCCAAGCUCAACGAUCGAUUGGAACGGAACGGGAACAACGAAGGAGAACAUGGCGCCAUCCUCGAAUACUCAGGCUCUCCAUCAUGCCAGCACCUUUGCCAACUUUGGCGACAACUCUGACAAUUGGACUGCGGAGAAGAAGGUGACUUCGUUGGAAGAGGCGUUCACGAAGCUGGUUGAUAUGGAUGCAUUGGUUGGAGGACAAGGAGUCAAGGAGACGAAGAAGAAUCCAUUUGAGCAUAUUCUCAAUCCACCAAAGGCCUCGCUCAACUCGCUCUCCACAACAUGUUCUGCUGCUCAGAUGGCUGCUCAGACUCAACACACAGCUCCAUCGCGUGCCGAUCCAUUUGGAGACGACUUCUUCCGAUAA